AUGGAAGAGGGAAGGAAAGAAGGAAAGGAGAUAACCGAAAAUGAGAGUCCCUUACUGAAACAGCUGCGGGAAACGCCUAGAGCUCUUAAAAACCCUGUCUUUGUGCGAUUAGGCAGAGAUGAUUUCACCAAAAAGGAUGAGUCAAAGGAAGAGAAGAGAAAGGAAAAGAAAGACUUGGCCAAAUUGGAGGAGCUUCCAGCAGCUAUAAAUGGGGCACCUCCUACCCAACAAUAG